AUAUAUAUAUGUGUUUUUAAUAAAGUGACAUAUUUAAAGCCAUAUAUAUGUAAGUGAUGCUUGAUUUUUUUGAUGUGAUAAAAAGAAGAAUUUGUGACAGUGAUGUACCAUUAUAUUUUGCCUAUAUUAUUUAUAGAUAAUAUAUAUGUUAUAAAAACCGCAAAAAAAUAUCGAGAAUUUAUUGUUCCUGUCUUAAAUAUUUAUUUCAUGAAUGUCUUGCAUUUUGGAAUGGAUAUGCAGCCUUCCGUGAAGAUGUUGCUGUUCGUCAAGCAUCAAAUAUUGAUGCAAAGAAAAAUGUCGUCAAUUCACAACAACCUGGUGGUAAUGUUUGCAAGAGUUGCGGUAAAGUUUAUAAACAAAAAAAUGCCCUUUGGCGACAUUUUAAAUAUGAAUGUAAUCGUAGUCCUCGUUUUCAAUGUCCCUAUUGCAAUUACAAGACAAAGCAACGUAGUAAUAUGUACACACAUGUGAAACAUAGGCAUAUUGGCUUAAAAAUUUAUGCUAUUGAUUUAGA